AUGGUUUCCGCUCAAGUUACCAACCUGGCCAUCAUCUUGGUGAUGAUGCAGCUGGCCAAGAAGGUUCCCUUCGAGAACCCCGAUGUGCUGCUUAUUGUGCGCGGAAUCUACGUUCUGUCCAACGUCAUUAUCCUGGCCAUCAACCUGUACACUCAGGCCAAGAUCAGCCAGAAGAAGGAUAUGACCACCCUCAAGUAUGUCGAGCCUGCCGCUAUGGGUACCGGCGAGGAGGGCAAGCCCGUCACCACCACCAACAUGGACUACGACAAGGGUCAGAUCCGCCAGAUGUUCCGCACCCAGCUGAUGGGUGUUGGUAUGAUGGCUGUCAUGCACUUCUACUUCAAGUACACCAACCCUCUCCUCAUUCAGUCCAUCAUCCCUCUUAAGGGUGCCUUUGAGGCCAACCUGGUCAAGAUCCACCUGUUCGGCAAGCCCGCCACUGGUGACCUCGCCCGUCCCUUCAAGAGCUCUGGUGGCUUCAUGUCCCAGGGUCAGCCCAAGAGCGACAAGGCUUCCAUUGAGGAGGCUGAGAAGAACUACCGUGGUGGUGUCAAGGAGGAGUAA